GCAAAUCACAAAGUCUUCCCCUGACUGUGACUAGGCUGUACUGACAUACAGGAUCUGGACUAACCAAGACGUCUUUAGAUUAAUUAGGCACUUAGGAAGGUCUCCCGCUCAUUUCUGUUGUUUGGUGAAGUGGCAGAACUAUGGAGAAUUUUCUGGUGUAUGUUCUUGGCCUGGUGCUGCUUAACUUCCCCACAGAUCUUGUUGCCGAUGUGAUAGUUCCCUCUACGAACCCUUUAGCUGUGGGAAGUAAUGUCACACUGAACGUUGUUCCCCAGAGCCCCAUCAACAUCGGGACAUGGUCACAUGAAUCUACAAUCAUCCUAUUUGUUUAUCCAACUGGAUAUAGUGUGACUGACAUUUAUCAAGGCAGAAUUUCAUUCAACCGCUCAUCCUCAGAGCUGUUCAUAAGAUCUCUCCAACUGAACGAUUCAGGGCAGUAUAUACUCCAGGGAUUUGAACCAUCCAAGAAAACUGCAGUGACUUUGAUAAUCCAGGAGCCUAUUUCAAACGUGACUCUGAGGGCUAAUACCAUCGAUGUAGUGGAACAAAAUGACACCGUCAUUUUGACUUGCUCGGCAUCCUCAGGCUCCUCCCCCUCUUACCGCUGGCUGAAUGGCAGCUCUUUGGUCAGAGCCAGUGACAUAGUUCGACUGGUUGAUGGAAACAGCACUCUUAUCCUAGACAAUGUGACACGGUAUGACAAAGGUCCAUUCAAAUGUGAGGUCUUCAAUGGAAUCAGCAAUGAAACCAGCCAACCAAUCUACCUCAAUGUUAGAUACGGUCCAACUAAUCUCACUAUGAGGAUCAUUCCCGAGAUGACCACAGGACAUACCGCCUACCGGACUGGCUCAGACAUCACUCUGUCCUGCUCUGCUGAGUCUGUCCCCCCUGCAUCCUACAUGUGGAGGUUUAAUGGCGCAUCUCUGGAAAACCCUAGCCCACAGCUCAGCCUGUUGAAUGUUACAGAGAACCAGACUGGAAGUUAUACUUGCUUAGCCCACAACAAUGUCACUCUCCGAUUCGCCCUCCUUACCAGAAUUAUAAAGGUUGUAGAGCCAAUUUCAGCUGUUACAUUGAAUCAUGUUGGGAAGCUACCGAUACUAGAUCAAUCAUUCACUCUGCACUGUGAGGUGACUGGACCUGUGGAUCGCAUAUACUGGCUGAAGAAUGGCCAGCUCAUUUCCUUGAACAACAAAACAUUAUUCUAUAUGGACAACAACACAAUGGUCAUCAACUCAAUCCAGUUUUCUGACAGCGGAGAAUACUACUGUGAGGCCGUCAAUGCUGCCAAUAACCUGACCAGCAAGGCAUACCAGCUUGUGGUCAACUUUGGACCAGAGAGACCUGCCGUAACUAGUCUGGAUAUUUCAAUGACAGGACACAACGUGACCUUCAGCUGCUCAGCCUCCUCUCAGCCUCCCAGCCAGUUCAGCUGGUUCUUCAAUGGUUCCCAGGUGGCGACUGGCUCAGUGUAUGAGGCUGGUCCUCUGACCUUAGCCAGUCAGGGGGAGUACACCUGUGUGGCCUUCAACAACGUCACUGGCAGAAACAGCACUGCCUCCAAGACGCUCACCGUUGUUGCACCAGUGACUAUGACCAUGAUAAAAGUUGAAGGUGCCCAGCCAAUACUGAACAAGACAUUCUCUUUGACCUGUGAAACCACUGGAACUGUUUUCUCCAUUCAAUGGAUGAGAAAUGGCUUGCUUUUGCAUGAUGAUGAGACAACACAAUUCUCUACGGACAACAAGACACUGACAUUCAACUUUGUCCAGCAUUCUGACAACGGAGAUUAUAAGUGUUCUGCUUUCAACCCCUUCAGCAACAUGACCAGCCCAGACUACAGGCUGAUCAUCAACUUUGGGCCAGAGAUGGCAAUUAUAGCAGGACCAGCAUUAGGUGAAACAGGACACAACAUGACCUUCAACUGCUCAGCCUCCUCUCAGCCUCCCAGCCAGUUCAGCUGGUUCUUCAAUGGUUCCCUGGUGGCGACUGGCUCAGUGUAUGAGGCUGGUCCUCUGACCUUAGCCAGUCAGGGGGAGUACACCUGUGUGGCCUUCAACAACGUCACUGGCAGAAACAGCACUGCCUCCAAGACACUCACCGUUGUUGCACCAGUGACUAUGACCAUGAUAAAAGUUGAAGGUGCCCAGCCAAUACUGAACAAGACAUUCUCUUUGACCUGUGAAACCACUGGAACUGUUUUCUCCAUUCAAUGGAUGAGAAAUGGCUUGCUUUUGCAUGAUGAUGAGACAACACAAUUCUCUACGGACAACAAGACACUGACAUUCAACUUUGUCCAGCAUUCUGACAACGGAGAUUAUAAGUGUUCUGCUUUCAACCCCUUCAGCAACAUGACCAGCCCAGACUACAGGCUGAUCAUCAACUUUGGGCCAGAGAUGCCAAUUAUAGCAGGACCAGCAUUAGGUGAAACAGGACACAACGUGACCUUCAACUGCUCAGCCUCCUCUCAGCCUCCCAGCCAGUUCAGCUGGUUCUUCAAUGGUUCCCAGGUGGCGACUGGCUCAGUGUAUGAGGCUGGUCCUCUGACCUUAGCCAGUCAGGGGGAGUACACCUGUGUGGCCUUCAACAACGUCACUGGCAGAAACAGCACUGCCUCCAAGACGCUCACCAUUGUUGUUCCAAUAAUCUCAGUGGCCAUAAGCACCAGCGGAGGCCAGGCAGUAGAGGGCGACUCCUUUACAAUGACUUGCAAUGUCAUCGGUCAGCCUGUAUCCAUUCAGUGGUGGAAGAACAGCAUUUUAGUGCAUCUGGAUAACACAACACACAUCUCUAUGGACAACAGAAUACUGACUUUCAACCCUCUCCAACAAUCUGACCAAGGAGAAUAUAAGUGCGUUACCAGCAAUGGUGUGAACAACAGAACGAGCAACCCCUACACACUCCUAGUGAACUAUGGACCAGAACAACCCAUUAUAGUUGGGGUGGCCAUUGCACAAACAAAACAAAGAGUGACCUUCAACUGCUCAGCCUCCUCUCAGCCUCCCAGCCAGUUCAGCUGGUUCUUCAAUGGUUCCCUGGUGGCGACUGGCUCAGUGUAUGAGACUGGUCCUCUGACCUUAGCCAGUCAGGGGGAGUACACCUGUGUGGCCUUCAACAAUGUCACUGGCAGAAACAGCACUGCCUCCAAGACGCUCACCGUUGUUGAGGCUAUAAAGUCAUUGACGGUGAAUCAGAGCACAAUACCAAUAGCAUCUGCCAACCUAACUCUAACCUGUGAUGCCGUUGGGAUCUAUGACACCAUCUACUGGACGAAGAACAGUCUGUCUCUGGACCUGAGUAACACCCUGAACACCGGCAUCAUCAUCUCCAACAACUCUCUGCAUUUUGUUCCAGUCAAGGUGUCAAAUGAUGGAAUCUAUCAGUGCGUGGCCAUCAACGUUUUUGGCCCUUACCCCAGCCCUCAAUACCAACUGCUGGUGAACUAUGGCCCUCUGAGUGUGAACGUCUCUCUUCAAGGCCCAAUGAGAAAUGGCUCAGAAGUCACAUACACAAUGCAGUGUUAUGCUGACUCACGGCCAACCACCGAGUACCAUUGGAAAUUCAACAACCAAUCACUGCCAGAGACUGGUCCUUCGAUGGUUGUAGUCAAGUCCUUGAAGAAUGCAGGGAUCUAUACCUGUGUGGCCAUAAACCCUGUGACCAAAAUCGAAAUGUCCAACACAAUUAGUCUGGAUGUCACUGGCCACUCGCCUGCUCCUCCGUUCCUGUCCAGGGUUUGUCUGAUGCUGAUCCUACUAGCGCUCUCUCACACCCUGUGAUUAACUGACACUACUGUAGUAAGCACACUAUUCGCCUGCUAACUGGGAGUCACACUUUUUCUUACUUUGACUAAAACGUCUCGGCCAGAUGUCUCAUGUGGAAGUUGACGUGGUAAUGAUAAAUUAUAAUUUUAUUGCAUAUGGUAAUGACAAUACAGUAGAGAUCUGAAAUUAACAGGAGGGUAAAACAUAAAACCUUUAUUGAUCUCAAAAUCUAACUUUUGCAAUGGCCAACUGAGUCUCUGGACUUAAAAAAAACAUGUGGAAAAUAUGUGGUCUGAAUGUAAAAUAACAGUCCAUAAAGCACAGCCAAGGAUAAUAAGGACUUCAAAAGAUUCUAUAUGAUGAUUCCUCACAAUGUGUUCUCUGAACUCUCUAAACCAUUAAAAAAAAGUCUGUGUUGUUAUAAGUUGAGUUAGAAAGUAUUGAAAAUGAGGGUCCCAAUCAUUUGUCCUUUCCCUUAAGAAAUGUUUUUUCUUCAAACACAAAAUUCAAUUCUAAGCAAAUGUAUCAGCAUACAAUACAUAUGGUCAUACAACAUAGAACAGUAUCUGUAUAAAACUUAUGGUGACAACCUACCUCUGACCUGUGACAUUGUUGUUGGGACCUAUGACACCAUCUACGGGAUGAAGAACAGUCCGUGAACACUGGCAUCAUCAACACUGGCAUCAUCAAUAAUAUACGUUUUGUAAUAAACCUUAUAAAAUGCAUUUAAACAAAUAUAUGUAUUAUUGUUUUCAUCUGGUGGGUUUUGAUCAUCUUUAUCAAAGGUGCCAAUCAUUUUGGCCUUGACUGUACAGUAUAUUACCCCCAAUGGCUGUACACAAUUCACUCUGUGUUGUUCUCUUUUUCAUAGUUUAUAUACACUGUAUCUGUAGGACAAUUUCAGGUUAUUUAACCUUUAAAUAGUAGGCAAAACACUUCAAAAAUGUGUGUACAUGUUUAAAGUAAAGGCUUAUGAAUCCUCUGGGAAAAAAGAUGCAGGCUUGUGAAGUUGAUAUAAGUCUGAUAUUUAAUAAAGUAUUCUUUUCACACCUG